AUGGCGGCCUGGCCUUGGCAAGCUAAGCCCGGGAUCCACCAAAAGCUGGCAUGGUGCGCAUGGCUGACCAUCAUGGCGUUCUUCGCCAUUGCCUCGCUGGCGACGUUCUGGACCGCGGUAAGGCAGCGGGCGCGGCCGGUGAGGGUCACCUUCUUUGAUCGCAAGGAGCAGCUCUACUUGCCUGACGUCCAAAUCUGCCUUCUGGACGGCAAUCGGGGAGAACCUGAAGAUGUCACCACCCGGGUUCGGAGCCGAUUUGUGGAAACGGACGAAAUUUGGGAAGACCAUCGGGGCUUUGAGUAUAUGACCAAAGCAGAUGAGAACCUUUGGGAUCUCAGUCCGAAUAAGACCAUUCCCUACUUCUAUAGCCUCCCCCGCGAUAGCAACGACCUUCCAAGGAAAUCCAAACUGGAUUACACAAGCCAGGAAUUUGCAGUUGUCCUUUCACAGGCUUCACCGGACGAAAACCAGACGGGGUAUUUAUCUCCAUUUGGAGUUCUGGAAGGAGACAACUCCAACCAAGGAUCCAUUUCAGGGGUGGUCAUUGGAGCAUUUCCAUAUACUGCCUGUAUGACAUUCUUCGUGUCCCUAUGCCCAAAACAGCGGCAAGACAUUCUGUCACGGGCAGGUGCUCCUAUUGUUCUCUCCUUGAACGGCACUGGCCCUAACUUCAAAUAUUUUGGGGUCUCCAUUGGUCAGCACGACUAUGGCGCUCCUCUUUAUGCUGACGGCCUUGACAUUGUUUACCAGAAGGCAAAUUUGAACUCAACCCUGAAUUUGGUAGUCACCCCUCGUUACAACAAGCCUAUCUUGAGCCUCUUCCAGUUGCUCAGAAUCGAGAAGCUGCCAGUGUUCAGCUGGUAUUCAUACAGCCUGGGUUCGGUCCUACCGACUUCAAAUCAGGGGCAGCCAUCUAGGCCGGGAAACGAGACAAUCAAUUUCACUUUUACUCUCGAAAUCUCGCUCUCAAGUAAAGGAGUCGAGCAUGUAGUGGCGCAAGAACCCCUUUUCGGAGUCUUUGGCACCAUUGGAGGUCUGUGGACCUAUGUUCCCCUGCUCUUCGGUCUUCUCUAUGCUGCCACGCCCAGUGAAUUGCAGCCUACAUGGGCCUGGGAGAAGGCAGCCUGUUUGGUCCCCUCCCGUUGCCGGAAGGUGCUUGGGAAAGCGAAGGAAGAAACAGACGUCGGGAAAGCGGAGGGCACACCAGGGCCGGAGAAGGUUUGA